UGCGUCGUUCUGUCUUCUCUUUCUUCCAUCGAGUGAUAUUUGGCCGCCGUUCGUCGCCGCUCUGCCUACUGGGAUCGACGAAUUUUUUACUUCAAAAGACUCGACUUGAAUCUAUCUACUCGUAUGUACUCUCCAAGCGAAGAGAUCAUGUCGCCGUCGCCGUCAAUCACGCCGACUACAUUUUGAUGUCAACUCCUUGCUUCCUUUUGUGUUGGAAUAGUUUGAAGCUUAUAAAAUCAGGCAUAUAUACUUUCCUGUAUCCAUAGACAAACCUUUCUUUUGUUGAUGGUAUUUUGGGCCUUCGUUAUGCUUCUUAUGUGUUAAUAAAUGAAAAUUAACCUGGGUUUGGUGCAGGUUCUCUGUUAUUACCAUUUAUCUAAAAAUGGCAAUAAAAUUGACAAGGAAAAUAUUUGUGAAUCCUUGUUUCAUUAGUUACAGUUCUACUCGGUCCCUUGUUGCCUUGAAUUCAAACCAUGGCACCGGUUUUUUCCUCAGCAAAUUUUUUGAUGGGUUUGAUGGAUCUGGCGUUCUAUGCAGACCUCGAUUCUUUUGUUCUGCUACACGCGUGGAAAGGUUAAGUUGGGAAGGUUCUUCUCAUGUAGUUUUGUUGACAAAGCUUGAAAAUGCUUUGAAGGAUCUCAAACUUGAUGAAGCAUGGGAAACUUUCAAUGAUUUCAAAAGGUCGUACGGUUUUCCUAACCAUUUGCUUGUUAGUAGGUUCAUCACUCUGCUAUCCUACUCGUCUAGCCCUCAUUGGCUACUGAAAGCUUGUGAUUUGGUUAUGAUGGUCCUGAAAGAUAAAUUGGAUCAUCUUCGGCCUGGCAUGUUGAUUAAGCUAGUCCUUUCUUUAGCAAGAGCUCAGAUGCCCAUUCCUUUAUCUAUGAUUCUUAGAUUGAUGCUGGAAAAAAGGAUGAUACCCCCAAUGAACGUGUUGCAUUUGCUAUUUCUGCAUAUGGUGAAGACUGAGGUUGGAGCAUGCAUAGCGUCCAAUCUGUUGGUCCAGAUUUGUGACUCUUAUAUAAGGUUUUGUUCAGGGAAAAGUCAUUGUCCAAACUUGCUGAAACCUGAUACAAUGAUCUUUAAUCUUGUGCUUGAUUCUUGUGCUAGAUUUGCAGCUUCGUUGAGAGGUCAACAAAUUAUAGAAUUGAUGUCGCAAACUGGGGUUGUUGCUGAUGCACACACUAUCAUAAUAAUUGCUCAAAUCCAUGAAAUGAAUGGCCAGAGGGACGAGUUGAAGAAAUUUAAAGAUCAUGUUGCAACUUUAUCCGUGGCUUUUGUUUCUCAUUAUAGACAGUUCUUCGAAUGCUUGUUAAACUUGCAUUUUAAGUUUGAUGACAUCGAUUCUGCUGCUGAGCUUCUGUUGAGAAUGAAUAGGUCUUUGGAUUCCCAUCCCAUGAAAGAUUCUGGGAAGGAUUACCAGAAGCCUUGUUUUGUUCCAAUUGGACCUCAGAAUCUCAGGAAUGGACUAAAGAUACAAAUUGUCCCUGAGCUAAUGCAAAAGGAUUCUGUCCUGAAAGCUGAAGGUAAAUCAGAUCUUGUUUUUUGUAGGGAUAAGAAACUUCUUCCUUCUAAUAGGGCUCUGUCCAAGCUCAUUAAUGGUUAUAAAAGGCAUGGGAAGAUCGAUGAGCUGUCAAAGUUUUUACUUGGCUUAAAAAAGGAGUUAGAUUCAUCAGGCCAGUCAAGUUUGUUCUCUGAGGUGAUAGAUGCAUGCAUUUCAUUAGGCUGGAUGGAGAUUGCUCAUGACAUUUUGGAUGACAUGGAGUCUUCUGGGGAUCCCUUAGGUGCGAGUGCAUAUGAGGCACUCCUGACGGCUUAUAAUGAAAGAAAUAUGUUUAGGGAGGGGAAUGUACUUCUAAAACAAAUAAGGAAGGCUGGUUUAGUAAUGAAUGUGGUCAACAAUAGUGUUAUGUCAAAAAAUGUGAUAGCAAAUAUAGGUAGAAGUUCUCUUUGCAUAAAGGAACCAUCUUCUAUUUGUCAACCAACUCUGUCUGAAUGUCUUGUUCACGAAGUAAGUGACUCGGAGAAAGCAAUAUCUCCUAUAACUUAUGAAUUGAACUCUUCUAUUUACUUCUUUUGCAAGGCCAAAAUGAUGGGGGAUGCUCUGAAUAUAUACCGAAGAAUGCAAAAGAUGAAAAUCCAACCCACCGAACAUACUUAUAUGUAUCUGGUAUGUGGGUAUUCUUCUCUAGAAAUGUACCGUGAUAUUAGCAUUUUAUGGGGUGACAUGAAGAGGAUCACGGCGAGUAGGAACUUUACUGUAAGUUGUAAUUUGUAUGAGGUUUUGCUACUCAACUUUCUUCGAGGUGGAUACUUUGAAAGAGUGAUGGAAGUCAUUGGUUAUAUGAACAAGUGUAACAUGUAUAUUGACAAAUGGGUGUACAAGAAUGAAUAUCUAAAAUUCCAUAAGAAUCUUUAUAGGAGCUUAAAAGCAUCGAAAACUAGAACUGAGGCUCAAGGUAAGAGGCUUGAGCAUGUUCAAGCUUUUAAGAAAUGGGCUGCCAUUAGCUGAAUAUUUUCAAGCAUGUCGGGUGGUUAGUAUUUGAUGUUUGACUUUCUGUGAAAGCCGAAAUUGAAUGUGCUUUCUCAAGAGGUAUGGAUA